AUGGUUUUGAGUCCAGUUCCAAAAGCUUCCUUAGAUAUGUCGUUCCGAACGGUUAUUGGCCUAUUUCCAAAGGAAGAUAUUACUGCAUCGAAUCUUCUCAUGAAGUGUAUCUCCCCUCGCACAUGUACUCUUUACCGCGACGCGGUGUACGCGAUCUGGCACUGGGUCAGGUCAGGGGUACCUGGUAAUGGAUGCGAUUUCGAGGUGGUAGGAAUUUUUCAUGAAACUGUGCAGUUGUGAGGGAUUGUUCAAAAGAUGGCUACCAAGGGAAGACAGAGAAAAUAUAUUUAAUGAAUCGAAUGAAUAAAUGGAAAGGGAAUUACAGGGACAACACAGUUACUACACAACACGUGUUCGCACAAGAAGUGGCGAUAACCACAGGAAUACGAAAAGAAGACGCAGGCUGUGUGGUUAU